AUGAUCAUCCAUCUCGAAGGCAAAGGCUGCCCCUCCGGCAUCUCGAUCGAAGAGCUGAACCGUUCAGCCGCCAUGUGUUUCCAGUGGAAGAAGUACCUCGACAAGCCCUUCCGUCAAAGCCUACUCGCUGGCGACGACAGCUACCGCAGCGACCCCGAACAUCGACCUUUCAAGUGCCCGCGAUGUGAAGAGUGCUUCCCUCUGCUUUCGAGCAUGUUCAUGCACAUCUGGAGCCCCUCGUGUGGGCAGGGCCUGAACGGUGGACCGAUCAAGAAGUUGAAGAGAUGGCUGUGGAAGAGACUGCACUGGCGCAAGCAACAUGGCGAAGGAGGCGUGAAUUUGGACAUGCAAGGUGCAACGCAGGCGUUUCAGGUGAUGGCUCUUCAUGCUGCCUUUUGA